CGGAAACAGCUGGAGGCAAGAGAGAGCGACGCUGCCAAUGCAAUUUCCUCGGAUUUUAUCGUCGUUUCUCCUUAUUCUCCCUUCGUAAGCCAGGGGGGAUUUGGGAUUUUACAUGGCCACGUAAUUGGCCCUUGUUAUUUGUCAUUCAUUCGCCAAAAGGAGGGAGAAUUUCGGCCGAAAAUGGAGCCUGUGAUGGUGCUGUCGCUCCUGUCCCUGGCCAUGUUGGUGGGGUGUUACACGGCGGGUUCCAUUCCUCUCGUCAUGACCAUGUCCGAGGACCGUAUGGAGGUAGUGACGGUGUUGGGUGCCGGCCUGCUUGUCGGCACUUCUCUCACUGUCAUCAUUCCUGAGGGAGUCAACACACUGUUCAGCAUGGAAACUAGCACAAAAGGCAGUCACACUGAAGGCCACAGCCACACUGGUGAGGAGGAGGCGCACACAGAACCACACAACCUCAUCGGACCCCCUCUUGUCCUUGGGUUCCUGUUGAUGUUGCUCAUAGACCAGUGCUCAGGUGGCCAUCGCAAAGCAGGUGAUGCAGAGAAUGGAGUUACCAAGGGAAGGAGAAGUUCGCUGACAGCCACCUUAGGCUUAGUGGUACAUGCUGCAGCUGAUGGCAUAGCACUUGGGGCUGCAGUCUCAUCAUCACACACGGAUGUUGAAAUGAUCGUGUUUUUCGCCAUCAUGCUCCACAAGGCUCCUGCAGCAUUUGGGCUUGUGACCUUUUUGUUGCAUGACGGACUAGAGAGAAAUCAAAUUCGGCGACACUUGCUUGUGUUCGCCCUUGCUGCCCCCAUCGGUGCAGUGGUCACAUAUGUUGCGAUUGUCCAGAGUGGCACCGAGUCCUUCUCAUCAUCUCACAGCACAGGCAUUGCUAUGCUCUUCAGUGCUGGGACCUUCCUUUAUGUUGCCACAGUACAUGUCCUGCCAGAGCUCACCAGCCACAGCCAUGAGGGAGGAGGUGGAGGCAACCAUUUCUCCCGCAAACAGUUGCUGGCCCUCAUUUGUGGCUCUUUGCUGCCUCUGUUCCUCACAUUUGGCCAUCAUCACUAGGCAAUUUGACUCCUUGCAUUAUUCAUCUUCAUGGGCUUACCAUAUCUAAUGUCUGAGGCGUCUUUCAGGUGAUAUUUGAAUAUUUGGAGUAUUUUGGGCAUUCCUGUACCUUUAAAACAUGUUCUGUGGUGUGAAAGGAUGUAGAAAGCCACCUUGGCAACACAGAGCCUCCUGUGCCAGUGAGUGUAUGUGGAUUGAAAAAUGCAGUGCUGCUCUUUUAAGACUAAUGUUCAUUAGUGAGCUGCUCUUCUAGCAACACUGGUAAGAAAGACCCUUUGCAAGAACAUUCCACUGUGUCGAUGGACAGCCUUGUGUGUUGGAAGUUGGUACUUCUCCUAUCCUUCUUUGGUCUUCUCUGGUGCAAGCACUGAUGUUUUGGUUACUUUUUAGAUGCAAGUGAAUUAUGGUUAGAAAUUUUUAGUGUUUUUAAGGAAUAUGCACAAGUCUUCUCUUCUUCCUUUUUUAUAAAGAUUUAUGGAUAUGAUUGUUAGAUUUUGUUUAUUAAACUGUCUUACAGUUUUUGUUGUUUAUUAGUAAUGGUGCCUCUUUAAAACUACCAAGGGAAUCAUACAUCCCCACAUGAAAGGUUGUCAGACAGAGCAGUCAUUUUUAUCACCAUAUUCAAGUAGUUCUUGUCAUACAGAUGCGAGCUGAAAUAUGAUAGCUGGAUGACUUUGCAGGUUUAAUACAUAUAUAUAUAUAUGAUUUAUCUUCAUUAUGAGGAUAAAACUGAUUUAGAGAUUUACCAUUGUUGUAUUUUUGAACUGAGGAACAGUUUUUGUAUAAUGUGACACUACCAUAAAGGCACAGGUUGUGAACAUAAUGUAGUUAACCGCACUUUGAAAUAUAGUGAAAUACUGCUCAUUUUUAUUACACAUUUUAGAGAUUAUUUAGCUUUCACUAUAGUAGAUAUAUGCAGUUAAUUCAAGUAUUAGUAUUAUUUACAAAGGUUUUGCAAUGAAAUAUGGCAGUUACUGCACUGUUAAAAGAAUUAUGUAUAUGAAUUUUCAACAUUCCUUAAAACAAAAGGGAAAGAUACCCAAGAUUUCCACUACAAUUUUCCUCUUACUCUGCUGUCACAAGUGAAUGAUUUUUCUAAUGCUCCAAUAGGUUAACAGUACAUUGCAAGGUAAUGGAAAGACAAAACGGGAACAAGACAGAUCUGUAGUUUUUCAAGAAUUAUAUGUUCAUAUUUUCAUAUUGCAAUAUACCAGCAUUAAUGUAUAUAUUAUUAUUAUUAUUAUCAUUAAUAUUGUUGUUGUUGUGAUUAGAAUUAUUAUUACCACUACUACUAUUAUUAAUAUUAUUAUUAUUAUUGUUAUUAUAGUUAUCAUGAUUAUUAUAAUAAUAAUAAUUAUUAUUAUUAUUAUAAUUAUAAUUAUUAUUAUUAUUGUUAUUAUUAUUAUAAUUAUUAUUAUUAUUAUUAUUAUUGUUAUUAUUAUUAUUAUUAUUAUUAUUAUUAUUAUUAUUAUUAAUGUUAUUAUUAUUAUUGUUGAUGUCAGUAUUACUAUUACUAUUAUUUAUAUUUUAUCCUCAUUAUAAUCAGCCCCAGAACCAGUGCAAUUACAAAUAUUAUUUAUAAAGCUGUUAUUAAUCUAACAAUUAUCUGUGUGAUUAUUAUUAUCAUAACUUAUAACAGUCAUUGCAUCAUGAAGAACAUUAUUAUCACCAACUUCACCAUUAUCACUACUGCCAUUACCAUUACCAUUAUUAGUUGUACUAAUAUCAAAAUUAUACUAACUGUAAUUGCUGCAUAUUAUUCAUUGCUAUACAUAUGUGACUGUGAUACGUAUAUAGAUGUUUGAUUUUUUUUUAUUAUUCAGCAAAGCAUAGAGUCUGACUCUUCUCGUAAAAAUAGAAGCUGUAUGAAGUCUACCAUUAUAAAUUGAUAGGAACUGCCUGAUUUUAAUUAAUGUAUUCAGGUUGAUUCCCAGUGGAUCCUGUAUCUUUUUGUAAUUAUUAAUGAUUUAUUGUUGUUAUUAUUCUGUUUUAGUUAUUUUAGUCAUUUUAAUUUUUUUUUUUUUUUAUUCCAAGUCAAUGUUAUUCAUUUUCCCUUCUUAUUUAUAUUGCCAGUUGAGCAUUUGUAUGAGUGUGUUGGAAAUAUAAGGGUACUUUUAAAUUACUCUCUUCUCUCCUUUACAUUUUACUCUUGUGUUUGUAUGGAAUUUGGUGUGUGUGUGUGUGUGUGUUUUUCUUUUUUUUUUCAGGGAAUUAUUUGAGCCUCAUUGUUUGUAUAUUUUUUGUCUUCCUUUACUGUAAUUAUCAAUUGCAGUGGAUCAGUCCAUAGAACUGACAGCUGGAUGUAAAUGCAUUUCCAAGAUCAAACAUUUUGAAUAAUA